CCCGCCUUCGGCUGUGUGCAACCUCCUUCUUCCCUCCUCCGUCGAUCCCUUCGACCACGGCAAUACCUCCCGAGUUACCCCGCUUCCCUCCUUCUAUUCCUCUCUCGGUCCCUCUCCUCUCCGAGCACCGCGUGUUACUCGACUCCCACCAUCGUCGAAGCUCUCGGAGGCACCUCCGCUACUCUCCGCUGGGCACCUGGCCGCGCGCGGUGGCAUGCGCUGCUGAAUCACUUUCACUUAUGCCGUGCGCUGUGUUGGUUAUACGCCAGAACGUUUCUCUCUCGCUCUUGCUCCUGGUCCCGCACUCGACCCGUGGCCGUCGGUAAAGGGACGCGUGCGCUCUCCUUCUCUCCUCUCCUCUACUCUAUUAACCACCGAAACAAGCCAAGGGAGUCUGACGCGCGACGGUGGUGUGUGCGCGCCUCUCGCCGUUCUCCCGGUUCUGCCAAUUUUAUUUUACUCCGGACGGUGUCACGGUGAAGCGCGUAUCUGUGUUAUACACCGGGCAAAGCGCGUCGCCGCGUUAUACCGCGUUAUACCGCGUCAACCAGAGAGUGCCCAUGUCGUGCCGUAAUUCGUUUUGUAAAUCGUGUUACCGCCGCCGUUGACGCGUGGAGUGUCCGCAACAGCCUGUGUUGUAUUUAUCAUCGACGCAACGGAAUAUCUGAUAUCUGUUCACGGGGGGGCCAGUCGGGCGUGGAUCGAAAGGGAGAACGUGAAAAUAGUCGAUGCAGCUCGCGCUCUUUUUUCGCGUUCACCACUCGUGAUCGUCGUCGUUUUUUGCCACUGUGAUAUAUGUGACGUGUGCCGUGUCUCACGAGACGGUCUCCCGACACUACCUACCUCCAUAUGUCGACGGUAGGGCGGCCGAGGGGAGGGGGCGGGCCCUUCGGGAAAGCAACGAGGCAAGAAGACAACUAGUCGUACGCAGAUAGUCACACUGUCAAGUCGUAUGAUCUGACAACUGGACGAUUAUCUCUCUCUUUCUCGUUCUUGUCCACGGUAGUUGUCUACCUUCUCGCCGUCGUCGGACUUCAAGCAUCCCCCGUCUUUUCGUCACGGAUACAUACAUAUAUAUUUGGAUUGCAGUGUGUGUGCGUUUACUCGUAUCCGGCUUACCCUGUCUAACAAUACACCGUGCCGAUUAUUUUGUGUCAAACGCCGUGACUCAAACUUAAAUCUCGCCUCCGCGCAUGUGUGAUCGUUCGAUAACGUUACCAGCAAUUCGCGCGUCUCAUGAAACAACGAUCCGAUUGUUUCCUCCGCGUCGGUGAUCCAGAUCGAAAUUGUUCACCGCCUCGCGUGGACGGUCAGUUCGAACCUCGUGUGUGAUCGUUGUUAUACGCUCCGUGUCACAUUCUCUGCUAUCAGUGGUCGGGCUCGGAGAAAGAUACAAAUUGUGGUUCCGCGAGCAAUUACGAAGACGUAGCGAAAAGGCAUGCAACAGUGACAAGCAACAAUUUUUUUUCACGCAACGCCGGCGAACGCACAUUUCGUUACAUUACAAUGGUUCGGACGUAGUAACAUCGUUGAAAAGGGAAAUUCAUUAUCUGCGGUGGUGCGCGAUGGUUUUUUUCGUAAACAUGUGCCGUAGAAAAACGUGACUGGUGAUCGAUAUUAAACAUCCGUGCCAAGGGAAUAUAUAACAGUGUGUUUGCUCUCGGAGCUAUAUGUCGUCGUUAUCGUCAUCCUCGUCGUCGUCGUCGUCGUCGUCGUCGUCGUCAUCAUCAUCGUCGUCGUCGUCGUCGUCGCCGUCGUCGUCGUCGUCGUCGUCGUUGUCGUCGUAUCAUCAGUGUUACUGACAACAUCAUACGCAGCCGGUUGUACCAUAGUACACGCGAGUACUACGACCUUGAGCGACGUGCACCGUUACGCACUGCAACUGGAAAGAGAGAAUAAAAAACCGCCGCUGUUCUGUCGCAUUUACGCGCCACAGGAACAACUGCAUCCAUCGUACCUACCCACCACCGUGUCUAAAAUCGGUCCCAUCAAACAAUUCAUAUAUGAACCGAUACGCAACAAGCACGUUCCUCCGUGCGGUACUUGCGCAAGGGUGAUAUGUUAUUGGAGAUGGAGCAGCAUUCAGGCCUGAUAUCACUGAAUAUGUCGCCGUUCCACAUAAGCCCUCAGGGUAGUCCCCAACAUGCUGCCGGUGCCGGCCAGCAGCAGCAGCAGCAGGCGCAGCAACAGCAACCGCAAUACGGUUCCUCGCCGUACGGCAAUUGCGCUCAAAGUCCACCUACGACCAUGUGUCACCAGUCCCAGUCGCAGCAGCAACCGCAGCAACAGCAACAAUUGUCGAUACACGGUCAACAGGCUCACACGCAGGGUGGGAUCUCCAGUUUCGACGCUGCGUUCUUCGAUUCGACCGCUCUGGAGGAAAGAUGUCCGAUGUGCGGCGAUAAAAUGUCCGGCUAUCAAUACGGCCUGCUGACGUGCGAGUCGUGUAAAGGGUUCUUCAAACGAAACAAUUCGCCGUGCAGUAACAAGAAAGUAUACACGUGCUUGUUCUCGCCAACGGGAGGUGGGGGAGGCGGCGGAGGCGGCGGCGGUGGCGGUGGCAGUGGUAGCGGAAGCGGCGGUGGAAACAGCGGCAACGGAGCCGGGAGCGGCACCGGAGGUAACGGAGGCAACAAUGGCGCGGCGAACGGUGCCGGGGGUGGCUGCGGCACGUCAACGGCCCUCGAGAGUAGCGGCAGCAGUUACAGUGCCGGCGGCGGUGGCGCCGGUUCCGGGGGAGCGAGCGGUGCUGGUGGCGCGGGUGCCCCUGGCGGCAGUGGGCCCACCGCAGGAAACGCCGCUGCUGGCGGCGGUGGUAGCGGUGGUGGCGCGUCCGGAGACGCCGGAAGCGGCGGCAGCUCCGCUACGGUAAGCGGCAAUGUCGCCCAACCAACCAUACCGACGACUACUACGUAUUCAUUACCAACUGGUACCCUAUGUCAUCCUGGAUUGGGUCAGGUCGGGGUUGGCGUCGUCACCGGUUCGAUACCCUGCCCGUCUGAGUUCCCCGACACCAAGGACAUCAUCAUCAUAGAAGAAUUCUGUCCGGUCUGCGGCGACAAGGUAUCCGGGUACCACUACGGGCUACUUACCUGCGAAUCCUGCAAGGGUUUCUUCAAGCGCACCGUCCAAAACAAGAAGGUCUACACGUGUGUUGCCGAGAGGUCCUGUCACAUCGACAAAACGCAAAGGAAGCGGUGUCCCUACUGCCGUUUUCAGAAGUGCCUCGAAGUUGGCAUGAAACUUGAAGCCGUGCGAGCGGACCGGAUGAGAGGUGGUAGGAAUAAAUUCGGACCUAUGUACAAAAGAGACCGAGCGCGGAAGCUACAAAUGUUAAGACAACGGCAGCUGGCACUGCAAACGAUACGCGGCAGCCUCGGUGAUCCGUCGAACUAUCCCUCCGCCGUAACGCCUUUCCUGCAUAUUAAACAGGAGAUACAAAUACCUCAGGUCUCGAGUCUAACAUCUUCCCCAGAUUCGAGUCCAUCCCCCGCAGCCGUGGCCGCUGGUCUGGUCACGACACAGGCGGGUAGCGGGGCCGGUCAGCAUCAAAUGAUCGCACCGUCCUCCCAGCCAAACAUUUCUGGCGGUAAUCACCUGCACAACCUCAACCCUGGCCUGGAUAGCAAGCUGUGGGCUGCCAACUCCACCACCCCGAGCCCGAAGGCCUUCAACUUCGGCGAACAGUCCACGCAGCCUCACGGUUCCGUACCCUCAAGCGCCACAUUGAAAACUAGUCCGAUGAUACGGGAGUUCGUGCAAACGGUCGACGAUCGCGAGUGGCAGACAUCACUUUUCGGACUGUUGCAAAAUCAAACGUACAAUCAGUGUGAAGUGGACUUGUUCGAAUUAAUGUGCAAAGUGCUCGAUCAAAAUCUGUUCUCACAGGUGGACUGGGCAAGGAAUUCGGUGUUCUUCAAGGAUCUCAAGGUUGAUGACCAAAUGAAGUUGCUACAGCACUCCUGGUCGGAUAUGUUGGUGCUUGACCAUCUUCAUCAGAGGUUACAUAAUAAUCUACCCGACGAGACUAUACUUCAUAAUGGCCAAAAGUUUGAUCUCCUUUGCCUCGGCCUACUUGGAGUUCCUUCCUUAGCAGACCUUUUCAACGAUUUGUCGACUAAACUUCAAGAGCUCAAAUUCGAUCUUUCGGAUUAUAUAUGCAUGAAAUUUCUGAUGCUGCUCAAUCAUGAUGUUCGUGGAUUGGUUAACAAAAAACACGUACAAGAAGGUCAUGAGCAAGUCCAACAAGCCCUUUUGGAUUACACCUUGACAUGUUAUCCUUCUAUACCGGAUAAGUUUAACAAGCUGUUAGCAGUAUUACCAGAAAUCCACGUGGUACGAGCAGGGGAGAAGAUCAUCUUUACCAGAAGCAUUGUAGUGGUGGAGCACCGACUCAAACCCUUCUUAUGGAGAUGCUUCACGCGAAGAGAAAAUGAAACGAUAGAUUCGUUUGGCACUUUUGCCAUAAGUUAGUCCGUUGCUGUAUCUCAAAAAUAAAGAUAAUGCCCCUUAUUUUCAGAGUGGACCUCAAGUACCUAUUAAGAGCUAACGUUGCUUAGGUAUAUGGACCAAGUCAAGGGGCCCUGGUUCAGUAAAUACCUAACGCAAAAAACAAAUCAAGUAUAGACGUACAUACUUUACAUAUAUACAUAAUAUAUGUAUUAUAAAAUGUAUCUAAAUAUAUAUAAACAUAAUGACAUAUAUUUUCUAUAUUUGAUGUUGAAGUUUUAGAGAUGUAUCCAUGGAGAAUUAAAUUUACCCCGUAUCGGUGGGUAAGAAGCGCAGGGAAACAGUAAGCAAGAUGCCUUGAAAACAGUACAAAGGGUGGUUAAACAAAAUAUUGGUCAAAGGGCAGGCAACUUUUAUCUAAAUAAAUAAAGCUAUUUUUCUAAUACUAGAAGCGAUUAUUUUUAAGCGUACAUACCACUGAAGCCUUGCUCUCAUUUUAACAAAACAAACGAUAAUCUUAAUAGUAACGAGCGAACGAAUGAAAUCGUUCGCUCCUCAGUCAAUCGUGCUUCUGCAAGGGAUUCAAUGGGCAUACUUGAACGACAGCAAAAAAAGUUUCAUGUGAUAUACUUAUACUAUACAUACAUAUAUAUAUGUCGCACGGCCACCUGGGCAUCCUUAGAACUUCCUAUGAGAAAACAAAUCUGCAUUUUGUCACACUUGCACACAGCAGGGCUACUAUUAUUGUAAAUACUAGUUAACACAUUCCAAUUACGUUGUAAAGCAUGAAACAUGUUAAAUAUGUAAUUAUAAUGAUUUGUGUAUAGUUUAAUGAAAUAAAAUAUAUUUCUGUUGCUUA